CAGGGAUGAGUUAUUCCCGCUGCUGAUAGGCUUACCAGGAAGAGGGUUGGGAUUUCAUUAAUAAAAGCAUGAAACACACCAAGUGUCAGAGUAAAACAGUGAACAGUCUGACAGUAAGGCACCAUUACAGCAGGAAAAUCCUAACCAGAAGAAGAUAAGUCCCAGAAGACUGUGAGCUCUCCUAACAUGAUGCCUACAGCUAAAGGCAUGUCCCACAUGAUUCCCAAUCACGUUCUGAGAGUGGGUCAAACUAUACGCCUGGACUCGGCACAAGACACAGUCAAUCAGCAUCCCAGUCUCACAAAGCCCAGCGAUAACCAUGGUGACCCCGAGCUCGACAUUUCCCUAGAUAAUCUCAACCAGCUCAUCCUGGAACUGGAUCCGACAUUUGAACCCAUCCAGGUCAACAAAAGUCUCUCGUGCAUCAGCCCUCCCACAGCCGACUCGUGCUCAGAUGAAGAUGCCUCUGACUGCGUGUUGGUCCCAAGAGGAUGUUCUUCCAGCUCCUCACCCACCAUGGUCCCAUCUGUGUCACCCAGUAUACCCAUCCCUGCAGACAGCAGUCUCAGCUACAGGACCCAUGGCAUGCAGUUUCUCUCUGGCUCCCCUACGUGCUCCCUGCCUCCGCUGCCAUGGGGAAGUGCACCGCGACGCAUUCCGUCACCAAAGCAGGAAUCAGCCUUUUCCCAAGGAUCCCUGCGCUUGUCACAGUCCAACAGAAACAGUGCCACCUCACUUCUCUCCAUGUCCACAUGCUCAGACACCAGCUAUAUUCUCGGCAGCAACCUGUCCUUGGCCAGUGAAGAUGCUGACUCUCCAGAGUCCAUCUGUGUUAGUACGCCUGGCUCCUUCAGUGAUGUGUCCAGAAUGAGGCCAUUUGAUAACAGGCACAGCCCAGACAAGCCCUCACUGACAAAGCAAGGACAUCUGCAGGAGCUUCACAGAAAAGGAGCACAGAGCAGUCCUGCCUCACUCUCUGGGUCUUUGACCGAUAUUCCUGUACUGCUAGUCAACGGUGCACCAGAACCAGAUCUGCAUGUCCACUCUCCUGGACCAGAAAUUGACUUGAUACAGACCAUCCCUGUGUCCAACUCAAAGCCAUUUUCUCCUCACAGUUUCCGUGCCACUAAUACUGGCAAUCAGCCCUCAAUGAAAUUCGUCAUGGACACUUCAAAAUUUUGGUUCCGUCCACAUAUCAGCAGAGCAGAAGCUGAAGCCCUGGUCAAAGACAAGGAAGCAGGAACGUUUGUAGUGAGAGACAGCACCUCCUACAGAGGCAGUUUUGGUCUGGCCAUGAAGGUGAACCAAAUGUCCACUAACUUCACUGCUAUCGCCCACCCAGGAGAGAGCAGUUCAGAUCUUGUCAGCCACUUCCUUAUUGAAUCAUCAGCUAAAGGUGUACGCAUCAAAGGCUCUUCUCAGGAACCAUACUUUGGUAGUCUCUCAGCCCUGGUCUACCAGCACACUGUCUCUGCUUACGCUCUACCCUGCAAAUUACUGCUCCACUCCCAAGAUAUGGGCACAGCAGAAGACAGGGUAAAUGACCAUCCAGCAUCAGUGGACAAGGGUAAAACAGCUUGUAAUUUCAUCUACCUGAAUGCUGUCCCUACUGAGAUGCUGACGGGCCCUUGUGCUGUGCAGAGGGCGGUUAGCUCAACGCUUGAGAAGGCCCCAGGUUCCUUCACCCCAACCGUAGUCAACCUGAAAGCGUCUUUGAAGGGUGUAACACUGACAGAUAUCAACAGGAAGCUUUUCUUCAGACGCCAUUACCCUGCUCACCUGCUUAGCUACAGUGGUGAAGAUCCAGACAAUCGAUUGUGGAUGAAAGGUUACUCUUUUGGAGCAAGGAUGUUUGGUUUUGUGGCAAAAGGUGUGGAGGCUGGUAUGGAGAAUGUGUGCCACGUCUUUGCACAAUAUGAUCACCUACAGCCUUUCGACAAGGUCAUCGAGGUUAUUCAGGCUGCCAUAGCCAAGCAAUAGACACACAAGGACUGAGACAACUCAAACAGCUUGGGCCUUUAAGGCCCCCCUUACACUGUCUGCAUAUAGUGUACUUUUCUCAAGUAACCUGUUCAGUGUGGUGGCCACUGUGAGCGGUACUCCUGUUGUUGUUAAACUGAACAAGUUAUCUGCCUCACAUGAUCACAGUACCUGCAUGAGAAGUGCUUAGGACUACCCAGAUUUCUAACGUGGUUAGAUGACAAAAGUCAUAUUUAAAAGACAGCUGUAAUGUAUGAAGAUAUACAGGACUGAACAGCUGUCAUGUAAGAAGAUAGGAGAAGAGGAAUUACAUGGCACACUGUUACUACUACUGUUAAAAUAAUAUCUCACCAACUUGUUGUUACAAACCAGCACCUUGCAUAUAGGUUAGGCACUACUGAAUGUUUUCCCAUGUAAAUCCAGCUGAUGCCAUAAAAAACUGUACAGUGAUGAGGGAAUCUGAAGGUUCUGUUAAUAGACUCGGAGAAAAGAGACUGAAACACUGUUCUUUCAUUUCAAAUCAGACAUUUUGCAUAUAUUGUAGUUGUAUAGUUAAUAACGUAUUUAUUAUACUGCACUGUAGACAAUUUCUUUCUGUAUAUUAAUGGACUUUUUUUUUUUUUCAAAUUCUUAUUAUUAAACACAUUGAAGUGCUGAAGGUGUGUACAUGUGGACUUACAAAUGUUUCUGUCUGAGAAAGGGAUGUAUGUGUGAAGGUGUGACAAAGAGUGAACUAUCUUUGUCUCAACAUCAAAGCCCGUUUAAACAUAAAUGAAGACACAGUGGUAAGUCGCAGUGUGCCUGCUGGUAAGUCAAAUAAAGGUUACGAUGGUAAACAUUUGACAGAAGACAUGACUGUUUGCACAUGUUUCUUUUUUAUUUUAAAUGAUAUAUCAGAUAAAAGCAUAAUACUUCAUUUUGAGGUUACAGAGCUCCCAAAAUGAAGAGUGCAAAGCAAAAUCAAGCACAGAACUGCAUAGAUAAUAUCUUUAUAACAUAUUCUGAGGCACCCAAAUGCAAUGCACAAUGGUCCAUUUCUUAUUUUUCUAUCUUUGGUGCCAACUCAAAACUUUCCGUAAAAACUCUCAAUCUAAGGUGUAACAGAUAGCAUGUGUUACACAACCCGAGUUGAGCAUUAAAGAUACACUGCAGUGUUAAUUAUUUACAAAUACUGCCCUCCUCUGGUUAAGACAGGGAAUCUAAAUUCUCUGAGACACACGGUGAGCGUGAAGAGCCUCACUGCUGUUAAGAUCACAGUGAGCAGUUUUUUUUUUCUUUUUCUUUUUCUUUUAAGGAUGAUGCAUCAUAAAAUGAA